ACAACAUCGUCAGUUGAGAUGCAGACGCUUUUCUCCACGGCGAUACAUCCGUCCCUGACUGCAUGUCGAUGCUUUGACAUUCGCCGAAGGCAAUGAACAUCUUGAAUAGUUAACGCGUGAAGCGUGAAGAUGCACCAUCAUCAGUCCAUGUUGCCAUAUUCUAGAGGGAUCCAGUUGAGCGGCCUCUUAAGAUGUGUCCCUCGACGACAACAAUUUCUUGUUGAUACUGAACUCCGCCGAGCGUCCUACGAAACAGCACUAAUUCCAUCCCCUGUUAUAUGUUGUACCAACAAAACCUUUAGUCGUCUUACCUGCUCUCGGCCCUUCAGUUCCCAUGCAAUCCAUCAGAAAAAGUCGACCCUUCCACCAAAGCCGACCCUCCCUGAUGAGACGCUCACACAUGUCUACCUUAAAGGAUCUGGCCCUGGUGGUCAAAAGAUCAACAAGACAAACUCGGCGGUGCAGAUGACACACGGGCCUACAGGAAUUGUAGUCAAGUCGCAGGCAACCAGAAGUCGGUCUCAGAACUACAAGAUUGCAAGGCGGAUCUUAGCAGAGAAAGUCGACCAGGCCGAGAACGGACCAGAGAGUCGAGUUGAGAUGAAGAGGCUGAGAGAUAGUAAGAAGAAGAGAAGUGCAGAGAAGAAGAGGCGGAGGAAGUAUAGAGCAUUAGAGGAGGCUAAGGAGGCUCUUCCAGAUGGCACAUCAAACGAGCCGUUGGAAGAUAUAGAAGGAGAGCUCGAGCAUGAUGUCGAAGACCAAGGACAGGGUGAACCGACCCUUGAGUCCGAUACACCUGGGAAGGGUAGACCCGAGGACCCAAUUUUAGAGGAUAAGAAGACUUGAGACUCAGAAUGUCAAGAACAACUGCUGGAUGUAUUCACAAA